AUGGCAACGCUGGGCGGGGACGCCGCCGACCUGCUGGCGUCCCGCAGCUACACACCACCAAACUCAUUUCAGGUGAACACCAUCAUCGUGGCCUCGGUCAUGAUCCUCAUCGCCUUCAUCAUGUGGAACGUGCCGUACCUGCGUGACGCUAUCAUGGGUCUCAAGUUCCUCGUGGUAGCUACACAUGAGGUGGGGCACAUUGUUACUGGCCUGUUGAUGGGCGGCACUAUAACCAGCGUCUGUGUGGACCCAAACGACGGCGGCAUGACUAUGAUCUGUGGACUGCAACGCACAGAACCGCGGGUGACGCCUGAGCAUCUACGCUUCCCGUUGACAAUGGAGCAACUGCAUAGGAGCGACAAGAUCAUGGUCACGUUGACCAUGGGGUAUAUCUGGUCCUCGAUCAUCGGCUUUCUCUACAUUUUUUGUUCCUUCGACAUCUUUGCUUCCAAGGUGGCAUCAUUCACCAUCGCGUUUGGCUUGCUUGUCCCACUCGUCCGCGCAAUCCGGAUCAUCCCUUUCGUCUCAGUAGCCUGCCUCGAGGGCUUGUUGAUCGGUCUGUGGUUUGGUGACCACGGCAAUGCGCUGCGUUUCUACGUCCUCUUUGUCGGUGUCCUGAACUUGUUCUACGUCGUUUGGGACUACUUUGACGAUGUUGUUUUCGAGAAGCGCCAUGCCAGUGACUGCGUUCAGUUCGCCCUCUUCCUUGGAUUCCCCUCAAGCGCAUACUUCCUCCUCUGGUUCCUCUACACCGUUGGCGUGUACAUUGCGGCCAUAUUUGCGGGCAUCAUGGUCUUCCGUAAAUCGUCCGACGAGAUGUACGCUGAAGCUGCUACAUUCCUGCCGACACGAUAG